AUGCCAAUUUAUCCCGGUCCGCAAGGCAACAAGAUCAUGUACCCAGCAUACUAUUACACACCGGUCGUGACGCCGGUUGUCGUCGCCCCGGUGGCGACAGCCCCAGUGGUAACAGUCCCAGUGGUGACGACCCCCGUAGUGGCGACCCCAGUAGUGGCGACCCCAGUAGUGACAUACCCGAUACAGCAGCCCCAGGUUGUCUUCCAGCCCGUCCAGCCCGUCAUUCCCGCGGUCUACCCGGUUUACCCGGCUGCAGUGGUUCCCGUUGCUACACCGGGCUGCCAGUUCUUUAUGUAUAACCGGAAGCGGGGCUGA